AUGUCUCGAAGCAGGGACGGCACCGACGCCAACAUUUCCGCCGUGCAAGAUGUGGCAACCAUUCCGCCGGUUGUCAACAUUGGAUCCACCGGGGUCCCCUACAACCCAUUCUCUGGAAGUCGGCCUCCCUCCAUUCAUGAUGCGGCAUCAAGCGAUGAAUCAAGCUCAAGUGAAGAUGAAGGGGAGAUGUCGGAAGCAAGGAGAAGAAGAAAAGAGAAGAUGAAAGAAAAGAUUGAGAAGAAGACAAGAAAGUUGAUGAAGCAAAGAAUCAAGGAGGAGGAGAAGCAUCCCUUCUUCGGCAUGCAUCAAGUUCCUCACAACUACGAGCAACAAGUGUAUUCCUCUUCUCAAUUUCAAUCCAUCCACAUGGGACGUGCUUCGUACUUUGAUGGUACAGAUGACCCCAAGUGGGCCUUUGAUAUGAAAAUGCACCUCUACGGGCUUCACCCUUUGGUAUGGGAGGUUGUGUGUGUAGGUGUGACUCCACCCGUCAAUGGUGUGCCUAUGGCCGAACAAGCACAAGAAUACUUCCGCAAUGCGCAAGCCGUACGAGUCAUCACCGGCUCUCUUUGUAUCCAAGAAUUCAACAAAGUUCGCAAUGUUGAGAUUGCGAAGAAGAUUUGGGAUACACUAAAGGAAGCUCAUGAGGGAACGGACCAAGUCCGUGAAGGCAAGAUGGAUUUGUUGCAAGGAGAACUUGAGCACUUUGUCAUGAAUGACGAUGAGACUGUGACUCAAAUGUAUGAGAGGCUCAUGGUUGUAGUUUCGGAUAUUGCCACACUUGGAAGCACCGAGUGGGAUGAUCAUAAGGUCUCAAAGAAGCUGCUUAGAGCUUUCACUCCAAGAAAUCCAACCCUUGCAACCAUGAUUAGAAGAGAUCCAAAAUUCAAGACAAAGACACCAAAUCAACUUCUUGGUGAGAUUCUUCAUCAAGAGUUGGUUGAGAGAGAUGUGGCAAAAUCACUUAGCCACAAGAUGACCAAGAGUGUUGCACUCAAUGCAACCCCAAGCAUUUUGGUUGAAUCAAGUUCCAAAGCCAUCAAGCCAACAAAAGAAGAGUCAUCAAGUGAUGGAGGAUCAAUCGAUGAAGAAAUGGCACUUGUCAUGAGAAACUUCAUGAAGUUCAUGAAGAAGAAAUUUCACAAGAAGGAUGGCUAUGACAAGAAGAAGCCAAAUCAUAGAAGAUGCUAUGAGUGCAAGGAGUUGGGACAUUACAUUGCCGAUUGCCCUAGACUCAAGAACAAGGAAAAGGAAGAGAAGAAGUACAAGGAGAAGAGCAAGGACUUCAAGAAAAAAUAUCAAGGUCGUGCUCAUGUUGGUGAAGAGUGGGAGUCAAGCCAUGAAGAAUCCGACAAGGAAGGUGUGGCGUCACUUGCCAUAACCAAGACUACAAGGCGACUCUUCAACAACAUCUCCGAUGAUGAGGUUGACACUCACUUUUGUCUCAUGGCAAGAGGCAACAAGGUACAAGCAACAUCCUCCUCCACUUCCCAUCCAUCCUCUACAUCAAGUAGUGUAGAAAAUGAUUUUGAUGAUAAAGAAAAACAACAUGAAGCAUAUAUGAUCAAAGAAUUUGGUAAGAAAAGUUUUAAAGGAAUUAAAAAUCUUAUGGAGAAAUUGGAGAAAAAGAAAUAG